CUCCCUCACACAACGACUGCCUCACACUAACAGACUCUCUCUCUCUCCCGCAAGCCAACUCUCCUCCAACAAUGGCUGAAGCGGUCGUUCUGGAACAACACGAAGUCAAGCUUUUCAAUCGCUGGAGCUUCGAGGAUGUUCAGGUAAGCGACAUCUCACUUGCCGAUUACGUUGGAGUGGUACCAGCAAAGCAUGCAACUUAUGUUCCUCACACUGCUGGGAGGUACUCUGUUAAGAGGUUCAGGAAGGCUCAGUGCCCGAUCGUCGAGAGGCUUACAAACUCGCUCAUGAUGCACGGUCGCAACAACGGCAAGAAGAUUCUUGCUGUUAGGAUUAUUAAACAUGCCAUGGAAAUCAUCCACUUGCUAACUGACUUGAACCCAAUUCAAGUUAUAGUCGAUGCUGUUGUCAACAGUGGACCGAGGGAAGAUGCUACUCGUAUUGGAUCUGCUGGUGUGGUCAGGCGUCAAGCUGUUGAUAUUUCUCCUCUUCGACGUGUUAAUCAGGCGAUCUAUCUUCUGACCACUGGUGCUCGUGAAUCUGCCUUCAGAAACGUUAAGACCAUCGCCGAAUGUUUGGCCGAUGAGCUCAUUAACGCUGCUAAGGGUUCAUCCAACAGCUAUGCCAUAAAAAAGAAGGAUGAGAUUGAAAGAGUUGCCAAGGCCAACCGUUAAUUUGGCAAAACAUGUUGCGGUUUUGUUUUAUUUGUUAUUUUUAUUAAUUAGAUGAAAUUUCUAAGGAGUUAGUUUGUAUGCUUUGAACAUGAAGAUGAAAUUUUGUGCUUUCCCUUUGUAUUAGGAAGGAAGAGUUACCCCACCCUUUCAAGUUUUAAAUCUUCGAUAAUUUGUAUUGUAUGGAGAUAUAAUUUCUUGGGUCGUAUGAUUCAUGGAUUUUGUUA